ACGCUGCUGGUGACUCCGCUGGUGCGAUGACACCGCGACCGGAGAACGGUCACGCGUUCCUGCCUCCCGCGUGCCUCGCCAGAGAAUAAACGGCCACGGUUCGCGGACCCGUGCGCCCAGCAGGCGCUCUCUGUGUGUGUGUGUGUGUGUAUGUGUGUGUGUGUGUGUCUGUGUCUGUCAGCCAUCAUGAUCGCCCGCGAGUCAUGACUUCUGUGCUCCACGAUCUCCGACGUCCCGUCCGAGUGGCGUGAGCUCUGACCGCCUGUCCGCCGCGACACACGUGCCUCAGACUUUUUGUAAAUCGUAGGUCCUCGCUCCGUCGGAUGAUAGGGAGGCGGGGGAGAGAGAGAGAGGGGGUUCUCUGGAGCACGAGGAUGUUCCGCGCCGCAGCCGAGGCCGCCGCACGCCGCAACCACGUCUCGCGCGCUCGGGCCUGAUUCUCUUGAGAGAAAGUCAACAAGCUGCGAUCUCGUUGCGCCGCACGCCGAGAGGUCCAAGUAUGAGCGGCCCAGCGGAGGAAAAUGGAUACCGAUAAAGUGUCAGUAUGCGCGAAAAGUCAGCAGAAUGUCACACUCACGCAGGUCACGUGAGGGGCACGACAGAGAUGUGCUCGCGUGAUCCACCUACGCUGCACCCGACCCUCGCCAAGGCAAACGGUAAAAAUUCGAGCCCCCAGCCGGCUCAUCACGCGGAGGUGCAGCGCAUCGACGGCAGCCUGCUGCCAACUCCCGGAGGCCGCUUGAAGUUCUUCAAAGAUGGCAAGUUCAUCCUGGAGCUGUCCCACCGCAGGGACGGUGAGAAGACCACGUGGUUUCCCGUGCCAAAGAAAACCUUCUGGCCGCCCGCUAGCACCAUCCCGAAUCGACAGGAGAGCUCUACUUCCCUCAGUGUUUCCGACGACAAUUCGUCGGUCCAAUCCAGUCCUUGGCAGAGAGAUCACUGCUGGAAGCAGACCCAUCCCCGACGCAGGAUAACCACGGAAUUCAAUUUUUAUUAUCGCCGAGACCCCAAGACCCGCUUGUACGCGCACCUACGCCUGAUAGCGAGGAAACGCAGGCGCCCGUUGGACUCCACGACCGCGGCCUCGGUCCUGGAGCCAACGGCGGCUCAUCCGACGAGAGCGCCGCGGAAAUUGAACGGUACAUCGUCGUCGGGCAGGCUGAUUCAGAUUAUCGACAAGCUGGCGCGCCUGCUGGAUCCUAAUGUCGUAUCGCCUCGCAAACGCAUACUGCGCGAGCUGGAGAGAGUCUCGCUGGAGGAUCAGGCGUCCAAGAGACGGGCCACUCCGCAGCCGCAGGUUUGCACGACGAGCGCGCCACCGACUCCCUCCUCGAAGCAAGUGUCGUCGUACAGUAUAACCAGUAUCCUGGGGGAGGACAAGCCGAGUCCCGAGCCGGGUUUCUUGAGGACACUGCUGAAGCCGGACGACCGGCAGCCUGUGAAAUACUCAACGACUAACGCCUAUCCGAGGGUACGAAUCGAUCCCUACAUCGGAUCCAGCAAUACAUCCGUUCAUCAUCCGCUCUACGCGAUACCGAUGUUGCCACCUGGACCGUAUAGGGCGGCGCCUCUAUGGAUGGCGCCCCAUUAUCCGUCUCCCGUCCACUAUUCGCCUCCUAUGCAAUUGUACGCACCGCCGCAUUCUCACUCAUCGUCCCCACAUUACAAAGACUAUAGGGAACAAACUCUCACACCUCCUUCAGAUAUGCCUCUGAAUCUGUCGAAGCAUUCGGGUUGAAUCUCAGGAUCCCAAUAGAGUUGGUGCCUUACGAGUGGACAAAACACUACGCAAACACUGCCCGUGCAACGACAAUGCGAUAUAUAUUAGUAUUUUUUUAUUCAUAAAACAAUAGUAUCUUAGUAAGUAGAGAGAGAGAGAGAAAGAGAGAAAGAGACACAAAUACGAUGAAGCCAGAUAGUUGGAUUUUGGGAGAGCUAUACUUGUACAUACAAAUGCAUAAAUUUGUCAAUGGCGGCAUAGGUAUUUUAUAUUAAUAUUACACGCAAGAUUCAAAAGGAAAAAAAAAGGAAAAAAUCGUGAGUGGUAAUAUACAAAAACGUUAGGGAUAAAAAGAAAUGCAACUGCAAGCGUGUGUAUACGUUACACGUAUUUUUAUCGUGCGCGAUUUGCGAGUGGAGAGCCGCGUAGAAAGGGCAAAACGAAAGAAAAGGAAAAUCGGUGCGCGGUUUUUUUUUGCAAUUAUUUAAAACGAUACCGUAAACCCACAUUGUAGUCGAGGCGGAGGGGAUGUAUUGGCAGUCGAGCGAGUCAUCCGUACGGUUUUUUUUUUACUUUCGACAUUGCUACUCAUAUUUUACGUAUCGCGACGAGGGCGGGUGAACGCACGCGUAAACCUGUGUGCAGAAGCGCAGGGUUUCAUCCCGCAGGUCUCGUCCUGCGCAUCUCAUUUACGCAUUUUUCCCCGGUAUUCUUAUAACGUUACUGUCAUUAUUAUCAUUAAUGGAAAAAAAAUGGUACAUUAUCUUAAAGGAGUCGAUAAGAAAGACAUAGGAUUAUGUACAGAACAGAUUAUUGCCUCUAUAUCGCUAGCGUAUUAAUUAUUCUUAAAGAUAGAAAUGCAUAAUAAAAAUUUAGACUCUAAUAGAAUAUAUCCACAAUGGUAUACAGUUAUUUAUAUGAUAUUAUAUAUAACGCAAAAUACGAGAGGACACAAAAUUACUUUGAUAACGCGACCGUGGGGUGUGCCUUACAGAUAACUAACGAAAUUCCAUGAAAUUAAAUUAUGAACGUUCUUGCGGAUGUGUAUUAUUAUAAAAGGAGGCACUAUAUAUUGUGUAUAUAAUAAAUAUAUCUUUGUGUUACGUGUAUUUUCAUCAAAUCGACAUUUAUUCGUUCUAUUUAUUAUUAGUCAGGCGCAUCGAGAAACAUUUCACCGAGAAAGCAAGGCAAGCUCGCACAGGUUCUACAAGAUAAGUGAGUAAUUUUAAUUGUUCGACGCGUACGCGAUUCUCUUUGGCGAUUCCGACAAAAUGGAGAAAUAUGUGACUGCGCAUUAGCAAUUGUAUAGAAAAAGACUAAUUUUCGUAAAUAUAAAUAUUUCAUAUACUACGCA